AUGCACAACGUGAUGUCAGAAUACAAUCUCGACGUGAAGGCGUUGAACGCGGCCGAAACCGAAGCCGCAUUAGGACCACCGCGUCGAAAGCUGACAUAUUUGGAAACGAAGGAAAAGAUAUCAUCCAAAUUCGCAUUAAUCAAUUUAAUGAAAGGAAUGCUAGGCGCUGGAUGCUUCUCGGUCCCCCUUGCUUUCAAGCAAUCUGGAUAUGCGGUCGGUCUUGGAAUCAUAUCUAUUCUUGGACUUUUAUCCGCUUUAUGUAUGAUUAAGCUGGUCAAGUGCUCUGCAUAUUUAUCUAAUAAGUAA